AUGUCUCAAGCUUUGGUCGCAGUGAUUUUCGAACUGCAUAGUGCAAAAAGCGUUGGGACAAAAGGUCUACGCACUUUUUAAAAAAUCGUGCUAUAUGCCCAUUUUCAGUCGCUCCUAGAAAAUAUGAUCUCCAACUCAAGCCGAAGCCAUAUCUCAACGAGUCCUGCGACUUCUACAAACCCGACCCUUAUCAUCCGAGAAUUAUGAAGUUUGUGGACGAAAAGUAUAUUCCAAAAUGCACACCACAAUACGAAGUGGUUACCUCGAUCAUCAAUGGAACAUUAAUGAUUCGAAAGAAAGAAUUUUCCGAAUUUGGACAUUGGAGCUACCGGUAAUCACAGUGUUUCUUAUUUUAAACUUAAAUGUAUGUCUUUAGAUGCCUUAAAACCGUUGGGCAUGCCAACUUUACGGUUGAAGCUUGGGUUGAAAUCGAAAGACCGGACAGCGCCGAGCCCCACUGCGAUGUGGUUGAGGUGAAGGCGGAGAAAGAUGGUCAACGUUUUUAUCAAUUUGUCCAUGUUCAAAUUUACAAACAGUAAGUUUUCAUACCAAAAUUUCUUUAAAUUUUGUAUACUAUUCGGGCACAGGCCGCACAUCAAUCGCUGAAAAGUUUUUUAAAAGAUGAUUUCUGAGUCAGUGCGCCGCACGUCAAGAAAAAAUAAAAGAAAAACGGGCGCCCAAUGAAAAAGCCUAGAAUUUUUUUUGGCAUUCUGCCCUGUGCAAAUUCGUUUUUGUCCAAAUGGUUUGCAAUAUUUUGACGUAAAGAUUAAUAGUAAAUCACAAGAUAUUGAUACCAAUAGAAAGCUCAAGAGCUGCUUAAGCUAACAGAACCAAAAUAUACCCAUAAUCAUAGUGUUUUGACAGUCUUCCAAGGCGUAUAAUACAACGUCUAAAUAAAAGUUUGUAUCGACGAUACCGAGUCAGAGAGCACUGGAAGGAGGUAUACGCUCCGCGUCAAAAAAAUCAUUAAACUGUUCUUCGAGUAUCUACACCGGUCUCGUCCCGCUUGAUGGGACAGUUUUUUUGAUAUUCGGCCUUGAAAUUUGCACUAUUUUUAGCCUAGCUCGAACCAUGUUCAGAAAAUGCGUCACGAUGACACCAAUUUAGAAUGUACCAGUAGUAGUACUCUCUAUAGUUCCCGUAAAAAAAAUUAGGUUAAAAAUUGCUGUUAUGUGCAAUUUGGAUGACAGAUUUUAUGAAUUUUUUUUCGCUGUGAGAACCUUUGCAAUGCCCGAAAUUUCUUGACGUGAGCCGUGGACAUAGGAAAAAAAUCGACUUUGAGUUUUUUGCAUUAAAAUGACUGUUGGAAGGGUCUAAGCCAAAGCGAACAAUAUUUUUACCCAAAUCCUUCGUAAAGGUAUAUUUUUUGACAAUUUACUGUUUUAGAAGUAAUCGCCUCUAGCUAUAGCAUCGUGCAUUACAGUGCAGUCAUGUGACGGCUACUGCAGUUUUUCACCCUUGCGAACACGAUGGAGUGAUUAUUUUUCCCGGUUUCCUACUGUAACGUACCGUAAUACCGUACCGGCCGCUAAAAACGGCCGUUAAAUCUUUGUUUCUAAAAACCCCCCGCUGAUUUUUUGAUAUGUUAAUCAGCGUAAAAUUCUGCUCUAGACCCAAUUAAAAAAGUGCAAAAAGUGGGGCGGCAAAUUUCGUGGUGUAGUGGUUAGCGGGCGGGACUACCAUUCCAGCGUCCCGGGUUCGAUGCCGGCUGGGUGGAAAUGUCAAAAAAAUCGCAAAUUAAUUUUGAUGUAAAAAUAAGGGAUGUGCGAAGAACACAAAACAAUUUUAAAUAAUUAUGACACCUCUGUUUUCGAGUAAACCCGGUCUAAUAUAAUGUUAGCGGCUGAAGACGGAAAAAAUAAAGGUGCUUCAAAUGGGAUAAAAUUCAUAGAAGUGGUUUUACAGGAUAUUAUAAGAAACUUUCCCGCUAGUCUUUCUUUGUAGCUUACAGUAUAACGUGUCGAAAUUCGCAAAAAAAAUCGCAUUUUUGCCGACUUUCAGUUUGUUAGGGUGAAUCAAAAAAAAUUUUUCUCCGUAGUGUUUUUAUAAACUUCUACUAACUGUGAUAGCGCACGCAAGAUUUAAGUGUACCCCCCUGUCAAUAUGACGUGACAAAAACGACGUCAAUUUGACUGAAUUUACAAAGCUACAUCUAUUUUUCAGGUACGACAUUCGAUUGUCAUCUGAAGAAGCCCCAAGUGUUCAUAUCAUAGUCAUGGACACUGUCUCCUCCCCCAAUUUUGUGCGGUCAAUGAAAAAGACCAAGAGGGUUUUGGAGGAAAAGUUGGGCGGGAUUCAUUUGCCCUACCUCAACAAGGUCGGCCAUGGAAGUAUUGUCAACGCGUGGAGCUUUUUAUUCGGUAGGUUUGAGGAGGGAAAUCUAAUUUUAAAUGCAAUAGACAUUUUUCAAUGAGUGAAAAUUCGUCGAAAAAAAGCGCUACGAUAAGAUCAAAAUAAAUCAAGAUAAGGCGCGGUGAAAUUAAGACGCUGAGAACGCGAUGAUGUAGUAAUUACGGGAUUUAAAUAACGUAGAGAUACGUAUUUUUAAGUUAGACGCAACCGGAGCGAGACGUUUUUUGCGAAGAAAUUUUGAAUUAUGGCCAUAAGAAGCAAAAAUCGAUUCUGAAAAUAAGAAAAAAAUAUGCCGCAAUUUACAUAUCUUAGAAGGUUAGGCUUUUAAUUUGUACAAAGUUUAAUAAAAGAAUUGUGAGUUAUAAAUUUAAAAUCUCGGGUCCCGACAGGAAAACCUCGAAAUAAAAUUUUUGCAUAAAAACUAUGUUAUUCCUCUACAUGUCACGACGUAUUUUAAACUCAACUUCCGAUUAUGGGGAAACAACGAAACGUGUCCACAACGAAAAAUUGCAGAGGUCCGUCAGCUUUUGGCCAAGAAUGAACCUCUCUACAACGAGGCUCUUUAGUAAUGAAUAAUUGUCAAAACUAAGCAAGUGCUUUUAAAAAAAAUAAUAAAAAAAUCAAGUUUUCUUAAUUUUCAACCGAAAAAUUAUAAAAAAAAACUCAUUUUACAGAGGAAGUUCUCCAAGUGCGACGCUCAGAUUUUCUUUAAAUUUUGCACAUCCGUCGGUUAUGGACUAAAUAUCAAUUCCUGAAAGUUUUAGCUCGCGCUUUGCGGGCACCGCCGAAAUAUCGAACGAUUUUUGCCGCCGAGAGAGCACGCUAAACGUGGAGAGCAGUCAGAGAGAAACCCGCUUUUUGGCCAUAACUUUGGCAGUUUCGUGCGGAAAAAUUUGAUUUUUUUUAGAAACAUUAUUCUUUACGGUAGAAACAGGCAUGAAAAUUUUCGUGCCGAAACUCGGAAAACGGCAAAAAGUCCUAAAUUUUGGCUGACUUUCAAUCUAAAAAUCUCGGUUGUUUCUGCAAAGCGCGAGCUAGGAUUCGCAUAUAUCUUAGAAAAAAUUAUUCUAAAUUUGGGCCAAGUUUCAUCAAAAUCUGAGCGUCGCACUUGUAGUAAUUCCCCUGUUUAGUUGGGAUCAACCUGGCAAAAACUGACUCGACCUUAUUGUCGUAAAUUGUGAAUACAAUGGAGAAAUUACAUUCUGUUGGUACAAUUUUUGCCCUAUUUCUAAUGACAUUGCCUAUUUAGGGGGUUACCGAGAAACUCCGCUGUAUUUGGCAUUUAUAUGUAUAUUUUUUUUAUUUUCCAGGGCAUUCCCCGGAAAACGGCUCCGAAACAAUUUGGGGUCCUGGGCUACGAGGGAUGCCUCCAACUCGGAAAAAGUUUUUGAACCCUUUCUACAUUGGAACCGCCUUCCAGCGCAAGCAAUACCGCACACUGCUCAGCGAGGACGACGUGGCUCCGAUCACUUGUUACCAGGGUUGCAAGGGGUUGGUGAAUCCGGCGGAUCAUUGGAUGGCGUAAGCAAUAGAUCUAAUUCUUUUUACUGUAGUAAUACAGUGCGCCCCAGGUUUUUGGUUCUACCCCAUUUUUUGAUCAUAUUUCGGGGGUUUUUUUCUCAAAUGCCAUGAAAUUCUACACAAGUGUUAAUCAACCUUUAAGAAUAAGGUAUUAAGAGCAGGUUGGUUCAAAACCGGACUAAAAACUCGCAAAUUUCCAAGUGGAACCAAAAACCUGGGACACCCAAAAUUUUAAAAAAAUCGCCAUAACGUCAGAUUACUGAAGCCAAAUGGGAUGAAACUUUGCACAGCUUAUUCUCAAAGGUUGAUUAACACUUGCGUAAAAUUUCAAGGCAUUUGAGAAGAAACCCCCCGAGAUACGAUCAAAAAAUGGGGUGGAACCAAAAAUUUGGGACGCACUGUAUAUCAUGUUUCAGCGCCUACAACAAGCGAGUCAACUAUGACAACCCUAAUAAUACAGAUCUGUUGAAUUUCAAUGAGACGAUCGAGUUUCGCCGCCGCUACGAAGAGUCUUGUGUGGAGACGUAUACGACUUUAUUGAACACUUUGGAUCAGUUUAUCAACACGUACAACCAUGAAGCGCAAUUUUCGAUGACUUGGAUGACAAAAAUGGCGCAUGAUGACAUAAACUUGUUGUAUCAUGUGGACAAUGAUUUUGCAGAGUUUUUCGAAAAAAAUGUGGAAAAUGCAAGUUGUAGUGAAACACUUUUAAAACACUUUUAUACGGUAAAAACGUGUUUUUUCUAUUGCCCUGCGCGUUUCGCGUACUCUCUCGGUCGCAAAGAUCGUUCAAUGUCUCGGCCAGCCAUAAAAGCGCGAGCUAAAAUUUUUAGGAAUUUAUAUGUGGCCUUGUCCGAAAUGUGCGCAAAAUUUCAGAAAAUCUGUGCGUAUCACUUGUGUAGUACUUCCGUUGUAAAAAAAUUUAGAAAAAUUAAAAAAUAUCUUUAUUUUCGACAAAAAUUCCUAAAAAUCGUGAUUUUUUCUUCAAGACGUAAGCUAUAAAAUCCGGUCUUGUCCGAAAAUGAAAAAAAAUCUGCUUAUAAUUAUACCUUCCUCAAGGAAGUUUGAACAAAAAAAAUUGUCAAAAGUUCCACUUUCUUCCAUAAAAAAUUUCAAAAUCUGUGAGGACCCGUUCGGAUCCUCACGCGUCCGGCAUCACCUCUUCCAACCACCAGUUCCAACGACCCAGCGCGAGCAGGUCCUCGAUCCGGUAGGGGAGCGAUUCGCGCUGCCAGACGCCACUGCGCUACCGCAGUACGGGGAAAGGUGCCGCUUUUUACGAACCUUUCCUGCUUGUUGCCAGAUUAUGCAGAGAAAACGUAAAUUUUAUUAGGGAAGAAAAACGUAAGACAUCAUUUUCUUUUUUUUUUGCGGGUUUAGGGGAGAAAAACGUAAAUUUUGUUAUGGAGAAAAAACGUGUUUGUUGCCAGCUUAUGCAGAAAAAACGUAAAUUCUAGGGAUGGAAAGCGUAAGGCAACAUUUUCUUUUCUUUGUUUAGGUGAGAAAACGUAAAAUUUAUUAGGGAGAAAAAACGUAAAUCAACAUUUUCUUUUUUUGCAGGUUUAGGGAAGAAAAACGUAAAUUUUGUUAGGGAGAAAAGACGUAAAACGACAUUUGCUUUUCUUGCAGGUUCAGGGAAGAAAAACGUAAAUUUGGCUAGGGAGAAAAAACGUAAAGCAUCAUUUUCUGAUUUGUUGCAAGUUUAGGGAAGAAAAACGUAAAUUUUAGGGAUGGAAAACGUGCGGCAAGAUUUUCUCUUUUUUUCCAUUUUUAUGGAAGAAAAACGUAAAUUUUUUAGGGAGGAAAAACGUACUUGUUGCCAGAUUAUGCAGAAAAAACGUAAAUUUUAUUAGGGGGAAAAACGUAAGACAACAUUUCCUCUUUUGUUGAACUUUUAGGUAAGUAAAACGUAAAUUUUUUUAGGAAGAAAAACGUAAAUCAAUAUUUUCUCUUUUUUUGCAAGUUUAGGGAAGAAAAACGUAAAUUUUGUUAGGGAGAAAAAAUGUAAAGCAUCAUUUUCUCGUUUUUUUCAUUUUUAUGGAAGAAAAACGUAAAUUUUAUGGAUGGAAAACGUGAGGGUGACUUUGUGGAGGAUCACCGUAGAUUUUUAUGGGGAAAAAACGUAACCUUCUCUGAAUAACAAAUCGAUCUACAGGGAGAAAAAAAUUGUCCGUUAUAGAGGGUUUUUCUUGUUUUUGAAGGUUCACCAUAGCUCUCAAAAAGAUUUUUUGAGAUCUAAAACAUGUUCGGCUACAAAUAGGGAUGACUAUAUGAGAGCUUAUUGCAUAGCGAAGUAUUGAAUUUUGACUAAAAACCGCAAAUUCCCCUAUUUUCAGCUCAAAAACUCGUUUGUUUUCCUCAUGGCCGAUCAUGGAACGCGAUAUGGCGCCGUCACUGAAGAGCCUUUGGCCAAAUACGAGGACUUCAACCCCACUCUGAUGGUUACCCUACCUGAGAGCCUUCGAAAAGACGAGAAAUUCCGAGAAGUUCUGCGGGAAAAUGCCAAAGAAUUGAUUUCUCAUCAUGACGUUUACGCGAGUCUGCAGGACAUUGUUUGGGUAAGAAAACAAACUUUUUGCUGAUAUCACUCUGUCGGGAAAAUAAUGUCAAAAAAAGAGCGACGGGUUUUUGAAAUCGGAGUUUUUUUCACUUGAAAAGGGAGGUAUUUUGCCAUAUUUUUUGAUAUUUCCCGGGUGCGAAAUGAUGCGUUUUUUGCCACUAGAUGAGGUCCCACACUGUACUAUGCAAGCCAAGGAGACCUCAGAAUAUAUGCAGUGUCGCAAAAAUUAGGAAAAUGUAGGUUGUGACGAUUUAUAGGGUGCUUACAGUGGCGGGCCUGAUCCGGCAGCAAAAACCGUGCCGGGAAGUAUCAAAAAUGUGGCAAAAUACCUCCCUCUCCAAGUGAAAAAACUCUUUUUUCAAAAGCGCUCCCGCUUUUUCCGUAAAGGAAAAGGCGCGCGCCCUUCGAAACGACGUUUUUUCACUUGGCGAGGGAGACAUUUUGCCACAUUUUUCGAUACCUCUCGGAUGCAAAAUGGCGAGUUUUUGCCACUGGAUCAGGUCCGUCACGGUACAAACCCGUACCGUAAUUUAUGGAAGCAUUAGAAAUUCAUUGUUGUCUUACGUGUCGGGAAAAUGGUAAAAGUUCCUUAUUUUGGCCACAACUUAUAACUUUGCGGAAACUGGUCGGAAUUAGCCCAAAUUUAGCGUGCACGCUCAAUUCAUCGUUGUCAAUGCCCGAAAAGUGGAUUUAGUUAGUGAGGUACCUUCUUUUUUACGUACCACCUAACCACUCAUAAACGGCUGCAGCCUGUGAUUUUACACUUUAUACGAUGAAACAUGUCCGGAACUAAACUUAUUGCCUCCGUAUGGAACUAAAUGAGUCGUCACAGCCUUCGUAGUAACCCUUAGAACUAUAGAGCUAUAUAGUAAUUCAGUGCCAGCUAUGUGGAAGCGUUUUUUCCUAACUUUAGUGUCCAAGCUUGGGCGCAGUUCGCGGAGUGCCUUUGUUGUGGCCAAAAUAAGGAACUUUUUCCGGGAAAAUUAUGAGCAUAAUGCCGCUGCAGCGCUGCACCGAUCGCGUCGUUGAAGUGAAAAAAAUUUGAUUUUCACCGCGACACAAUUCAUUUUCCCAGCGGCGAUGCGAUUUUCCUUUCAACAGAGUGCUCAUUAUUUUCCCGACAAACUAAUCAUAAAAAAGAUCGCUGAUUUAAAAUUAACACGCAAUCUUAGUUUAAAUGAGCUUCGUCUGCGACGGAGAUCUGAACCGAGAUAACAAGACUAGCGAGUGCUUUGAAAAAUUCGUUCCAGAUUGUCGAAAUUUGAGAUUACUCGUCGGGUUUGGCGGAUUCGAAAAUCCGCCGCCGAAUUCCCAAAAACGUCAUCUAAUUUUGAAAAUAUCAAAAAAAUCGGGAAAAUGUAGGCAUUUUGAAACACUUUGACAUUUCGUCGCACGCCUUGACAUUUCGUCCAAUCGAAAUGUCACAUUUCACAAAAGAAAUAAAAAUUAUUCCUAGGAAGUUUCUCAUAGUGCGACGCUCAAAUUUUGAUGAAAUUUGCGAGAAAUCUAGACUAAAUUUUUCUAUGCAAGAUUUCUAGCUCGCGCUUUGCUGAAACGACCGAAAAUUUUUGGUGGAAAUUUGGCGAAAGGCCGAAAUUUUUUGUAGGUUUUUGCCAUGAAAAGCAUCGGAUUUCUACCAGAGAUUGCCACGGUCAAAAUUUUGGCUCCGGCUUCGGCUCUUAGCUCCCAGAGCCGGAGCCGAGGCCAAAUUUGCAGCUCCGGCUCCGGCUCUUGGCUCCGUGCAAAAUUUAGAAAGGCCUCCGGCUCCGAAUCCCGGCUCCUAUGCAAAAUGGUUUUUAAAAAAUAUUUUUCCAAAAAUAAAAGUUAUUAGUGCCAGAAAUCAUACAGCCAACGUUUUUGCAGUCAAGUCACAUCCUCCGCAGUGUUUUUCAAGCAAUUUGGGUGAACAAGAUCACGAAAUUUUUACUUUUCUGACCGCUGGGAAGCCUGGCUCCGACUUUGAGCUCGGGAGCCGGAGCCGACCCCAAAAUUUCCGGCUCCGGCUCUGGCUCCCGGCUCGGAGCCGGAGAAGCUCAGAGCCGGAGCCAAGAGCCGGAGCCAAGAGCCGGAGCCAAGAGCCGGAGCCAAGAGCCGGAGCCAAGAGCCGGAGCCAAGAGCCGGAGCCAAGAGCCGGCUCCGGAGCCGUGGCAAUCUCUGAUUUCUACUGAAAGAUAUUUUUUCCACAAAAUUGCUGCUUAUUUUGAAACGCUCAAAAAUUUUUGAAAAAUAAAAAUCAAAAAAAAAAUUUUUUUUUUGAAAAAUCAAAACCUUGAAUUUCGCGAUUUUCAAUAAUUCAAGUAAUUUUUAGAGCAAUGGCCAACUUUCCGACCCAUCCACCGAGAUCUACAGGGAAAACGUCACCCGCCAAAUGAUUGGCUCCUCAUUUUUCCGCCCGCUUCCGCAGCCUCGCAACUGCUUCACGCUGAAGAUCCCCCAGAAUUACUGUAUGUGUCAGAAGAUCGCAAGAGUUGAGAUCAACUCGGAAAUGGGGAUUAAGAUUGCGGAAAAGUCGAUUGAAAUGAUCAACAACGAAUUGAUCGACAACAAUUUUACGGACAUUUGUGUGAGGCAUUACUUGAAUAAUCAGACGGAAACUCAACUAAUUGAGUAUGAUAACCGAGGAAUUAAUGGGGAAAAGGUGGUGUUGGUGCUGUUUAUGACGUACCCGGCAAAUGCGAGAUAUGGAGCGCAUGCUUUGGUAAGAACGGAUUUUUUUUUGACAUUUCGUCCAAGACAAAAACCAAUAUUAUUUUUGACAUUUCGUCAAAAAACAGCAAAAAAAUUUUUGGGUUAUUUUUGACAUUUUCGAGGAAAAAAUUCACAAAAAUACGAUUUUCAAAAAUCAAUAUUUUUUUGACAUUUCGUCCAAAUUUUCUUUAACUGUAUUUACUGAUUUUUUAGCCAGUUUUAUAAAAAAAAAUUAUGAUAAAAAUCAAUAAUUUUUUUUGACACUUCGUCCAAAUUUUUUAAUUGUCUUUAACUGAUUUUUUUAGCCAAAUUCAACAAAAAAAUUAUAAUAAAAAUCAAUAUUUUUUUUGACAUUUCGUCCAAAAAAUUAUUUUUGGCUGAAAUAUCAGUCUGUCGGGAAAAUAAUGAGCAUAAUGACGCCUCGAAAAUCGCAUCGACGCCGAGAAAAUUAGUUGUCUAGCGAUAAAAUCAAAUUGCUUUUCACUUCAGCAACGUAAUCGGCACAGCGAUAUUGUGCUCAUUAUUUUCCCGACAGACUGAUAUGAAAAAAAAAAUGUUUUUUUUGUUAAAAAAUGUCCUUCAAAAGAAUCCAAUAAUUUUUUGACAUUUCGUCCAAAAUCAAAACAACAUUUUUUGAGAUUUUUUCCAACAAAAAUGGAGAGUUUUCACAUUUUUAUGCAUUUUUUCAGGUUCAAAACGGCAAUUUCCAAAUUCAAACCGAAUUUUUCAACCGAAUGAACGAAUAUUUCUGGCAAUCGCAAUGCCUAUCGACGCGAAUAUACCGAGAUUACUGCUACUGUAAAGAGAUGGCGAGGAUGGAAGGCUAUGAGGUGGCGUGA